AUGGAUAUACAGACGUCCAUGAAAGGCAAACAAAGACAUUCUCUACGUCCAGACGUUCAUCGUGUGCAUGCCGGAGAUACAGAAAAUGUUGGAGAUACCGAUGUCAACUAUCUGUCCAACAGAUUUCCGAAAUUUGGACAUUCCGCUGCAGCACCCUCAUGGGGCAGUUACGGUGUGCCAGAAGAAAAUACGAGGUUCGAAAUCCUACCAGCAAGAUAUACACGGGAUUUUAUUUACAUUACCUCUCAUUCAUCAUUUUCCAAUCCGUCCAGACUCCAAAUGCACAAGAGUUACAGCAUCCAACAUGUCACACUAGAAUUGAUUAUUCUCAAUGAACAUGGCUACAGUGAAAUCAGACCCACAUCUGUGAAAGUAAAAGAAAUACGUCCGGAGGCCAUUAUCACCCUGACAGAACCACAACCCACAUCUGUGAAAGUAAAAGAAGCAUGUCCGGAGGCCAUUAUCACCCUGACAAAACCACAAUUGGUCUAUGAUCGAGACAUGCCUGGGCUUCUCUGGUCUGCCAAGCAAUCCUGGACAUUGGAUUCUAUUUGUGAG